GAGGAGGAGGAGGAGGAGGAGGAGGAGGAGGAGGAGGAGGCCUUAGUCUGCCAUUUUGCCUCUUGGGCAUUCUGGAAGCUCUUCAACAUUCUUACGUUUGCCUUUGAAGCGCUUUCCAGUAAUCUCACCAGUCCUGUCACCGACUCCACUAUCCCACUUUAAUAACCCAUCACCUCGUUAG